CCAAACCUGUUUAAGUAUGAUACAUCACUUGAGGAUUUUCAGUAUCUGCAAGAUAUCUUACUGUUUGACCUUUUCAUACACCAAUUUAAGUGCUAUUUGUUAUAGAACUGUCUACAAGUAACAGCAAAAUUUGAAAAGAAAUUGAUAGGGUGUGUACGUUAAAAAUUCAAGUUCAAUUUAACUUGAGAAGAAGUAUUGAAGAAUGAUGUGUUCAGUAGUUAUCGAAUAACAAACAAUUUUGAAAUGGUUACCCAAAAUAUAAUAUUUUUUUUUAGGAGAAAAUAAUUAAAAGGUGAUAGAUGUCCAUAAGAACCAAGAUGAACUUAAAGAUUUUAUCAACAGUUGGUUACAUUGUAUUUAUUUCAUACGCUUCUGGGAGUCUGAAUUUCUCCUCCCCAUGCCCGAGACUCUUCAACUAUGAAAGUAAGAAUGUAGAAACUGAUAGGUACUUUGGAAAUGUCCGAGUUGAAACAAAAGAAGAGCUGCAUGGAGUAUGGCUCAAGUUGUUAUUUGACAAACCGAGCAUUCAACUUGGAAACUGGUUGGGUGAAGUUACAACAGAAAAUAACAGAGAAUUCGUAAUAAAGAAACCAAGGUUGGUCCUCAAGUCUGGUGAUUUCCUCACAGUACGUUUCUAUGUUAAAUUCAUUCCUGAUGGAGAAAUACCUCAACUAGUCUCAAUCAAACUCAAUAAUAAAGUAGUAUGUCCCGAAAGCAUUCAAGAGGUUUCUCAAAUCUUCCCAAUGAAUUCGUUUAAUGUGGUCUUAGAAGAUAGAAAUUCAAACGAGACCGGUUUCAUGACAUCAACGACUACAACUCAAAAAACUCCACCUUCCCCUUAUAACCUUAUAGAAGAAAUAGAGAUUCCUGGACCUACCCCUUCAUACUCAGCUGUUACCGAAAUAGAUGAUUAUGUAGAAUUCUUUCAAGGGGAUUUGAGUCUGUUCAACUUUAGGCCUAAACAUGAUGAGUGUGGCACGGUUAUGCCUUCAAAGCAACAUUUUUACAACCAUUCCGAGCCAGUCUAUGAAGGUGCGGUUCCAUGGCAUGCUGCAAUAUACCUAAGCAAAAGCACCGAGUUAAAUUACAUUUGUGCUGCCAAUUUAAUUUCUCCCAAAUUUCUUCUGACGGUGGCACAUUGCGUUACCAAGAGAAAUUCAGAAGUUGUUGUCCAUCCAGAACAUUUAUUAAUUUAUUUAGGAAAAUACUAUUUGAGAAGAUGGUCUAAUCCUGCAAUUCAAGAAAGGCAAGUACAGAGUAUAUACACACAUGAGCAAUACAAUCAUGUGACCAUGCAGAAUGAUAUAGCUCUUCUGCAGCUAUUGAAACCAGCCAAAAUCACAGAUUAUGUAAGACCUAUUUGCAUUUGGAGGGGCAAUAGCAGAUUGGAAGAUAUAGUUGGUGAAACAGGUGUUGUAGUAGGAUGGGGUUUCAGUGAGAAUGGUAUUGUAACAAAUAAAUUAGUUAAGACACUGAUGCCUAUAGCCCCAAAAGAAAUUUGUAUAAAUAAUUAUCCAGGUUUUUAUAAACAUCUCAUUGCUGGAGAAUCAUAUUGUGCAAACUUUCAAAAUGAUACAACAAUUUGUAAUGGUGAUUCAGGUGGCGGCAUGACUUUUUCGAAGAAACAGCCUGGUUUACAUUACCCUAUCCACUACCUCCGAGGUGUAAUUUCUCUCAGUGUGGCACUACAGAAUGAAUUUAGAUGUGAUAAUGAACAUUAUGCAAUUUUUACAGAUAUUACCAAAUACUUACCUUGGAUAGACAAAUUCAAAAUAAAUUGAAAUCUGCGCUAUUACUCAUUCACUUCUAAGUUAUCAUUUUAUAAAUAACCGAACUGUUUAAAUGACUUGAAUUCUGCAAAUAAACAAAGAGGGAAUAAA